ACUGGCCUGGGCGGAAGAAGUCGAGCCCGAGGUAUUUCCGGUUCCGGCGCCAAUUCGAGGCGCCGCCGCCGCAGCCGCCGGAGCCGCGAUGCCUAAAGGAGGGAGAAAGGGAGGCCACAAAGGCCGGGCCCGGCAGUACACAAGCCCCGAGGAGAUCGACGCACAGCUCCAGGCUGAAAAGCAGAAGGCCAGGGAAGAAGAGGAACAAGAAGAAGGUGGAGAUGGGGCUGCAGGUGACCCCAAAAAGGAGAAGAAAUCACUAGACUCAGAUGAAAGUGAGGAUGAAGAAGACGAUUACCAGCAAAAGCGCAAAGGUGUGGAAGGGCUUAUCGACAUCGAGAACCCCAACCGGGUGGCACAGACAACCAAAAAGGUCACACAACUGGACCUGGACGGGCCCAAGGAGCUCUCAAGGAGAGAACGAGAAGAAAUCGAGAAGCAGAAAGCAAAAGAGCGUUACAUGAAAAUGCAUUUAGCUGGGAAGACAGAGCAAGCCAAGGCCGACCUUGCCCGCCUGGCUAUCAUCCGGAAACAGCGGGAGGAGGCUGCCAGGAAGAAAGAAGAAGAGAGGAAAGCAAAAGAUGAUGCAACUUUGUCAGGAAGACGAAUGCAGUCGCUCUCCCUGAAUAAGUAGCGUGGCCUGAGGGAGGAGAUACCAGGGGACUGGGCCAUGUGGCCAGCACUGCUGCCAUGGCUCGCCCACCCUGUGCCCUGGCACCGCUGCAGCAGCCCCUCAAGACAAGGAGCCCCCCACAGCCUGGGGCCUCCUCUUCAUCUUGGCACAGAAAUUGUUGGGGGGAUGGUGGGAGGGGGGCUGGGGGUAGGGGGCAGCUGCUAUCUUUGAGAUAGAAAGAUGCAGGACAGCAUUUCAUAUGUAAUCAUUUGAAUGUUUUUGCUGUUUUUAGAGUUCAGAACCCUUGUUGGGGGUGCCUGGGAGGUGGGGUAAGAAGAGCUUCUGUUUGUCCAGUAGAUUGCACGGUGAGGGGCGGUUGUGCUGGGGGCAGCUGCUGGAGAGUUUGCAACAACCAGCCCGUCUGUUGCCUGGGUGCUCAUGCAGAGAGGCUGUCAUCUGGGAGCCUGUGCCCCUGGGUCCCUGAAGGGUCAUGGCUCAUCCCUGGCCAGUCCCCUCCUACUGAGGCCUCCCCUCUGCCCUUACCUGCCCCAUUCCCACCCUUCUGGCCAGGGCCCAUUCUUAACCCUUCCCAUCGAUCAUUUCAAGCACCCAGGCAAAACAUGCUCCACAAUUCCAACUUGUAUAUUUGGCAGAUUAAACUUGACGUUAUCGUAA